AUGACAACGAUAUCCUCGGAGGUGUCUUCCCCGCAGACCGAGAGCACGGAUUCAACGAAACCCAGCGCGCCCUCGAUCCGCACAGUUCCAGACCGAACACUCACCAAAAACCGUGCGGAUUUCCGUCCGAAGACGUCAAUACCGCAGGAUCUUACGGCGGAGGAGUAUGCCAGCCAAUGCAUCCAGGCAGCGAUCGCAAGCCGUCUGUCGCCGUACCACCUGCACAGGGGUGAAUACGAGCUGCUGCGUCACUACAUUAACCACGUACACAUCACCAUCUACCUCCACAUCCGGAACGGGAUUCUGCGUCUCUGGCAGCGGAACCCGCUGGUCAGUGUGACCCGGGAAGAAGCGGCAGGCUGUGCAAAGGAUUAUCGGUUCUUCGAUGUUGCGGAGGUGGCGUACGACUGGUUGGUCAGGAAUGGGUAUAUCAACUUUGGAUGCAUAGAAGUUCCGAAUACAAUUAUCGGUCCUGUCAGCCCAAUCAAGCGACAAAAGACUGUAGUCGUGAUCGGGGCCGGAAUGGCCGGCCUGGGUUGUGCCCGGCAACUCGAAGGGCUGUUCUCGCAACUGGGGGAUAAGUUGCAACCGGACGAACAUCCGCCAAGAGUUGUGGUUCUCGAAGGCAGAGGCCGGAUCGGUGGGCGUGUUUACUCGCACCCGUUGAAGGACCAGUCGGGGUCGACGCUUCCACCCACAAAGCGUGUGACCGCUGAUCUGGGCGCACAAGUAAUCACUGGUUUCGAAAAUGGAAAUCCGCUGAAUAUUCUUGUGCGAGGGCAGUUGGCGCUGGAGUACCAUAGUCUGAAGGACAAUGAGGUGCUUUUUGACUCGGACGGGUCGAUGGUCGAUAAGGAGUGCGAUAGACUUGUAGAGAAGCUGUUCAACCACAUGCUCGAUCGCCCCGAAAUCACGGGCGAAGAGACGAUUUCGUUGGAACCGCAGGGGUCGAAUCUACAGUUCCCGACGCUUGGGAAAACGAUGGAUGCUGCGGUACAAAAGUACCAAGACUUCUUAUCGCUUACCCCCCUCGAUCUCAGAUUGAUGAACUGGCACUAUGCAAACCUCGAGUAUGCAAAUGCCUCCACUGUUGAUUCUUUGAGUUUGGGACACUGGGAUCAAGAUGACGGACAGGAGCCUGCUGGGCCGCACUCGGUCCUGCUCGGAGGGUACAUGCAGGUUCCGAGAGGCUUGCUGUUGGCGCCAAAGUUAUUAGAUAUCAAGCCCCGUCACAUUGUCAAGAAGAUUGUAUCUGGGCUUGGUAAGGACGACCUCUCGAAGAUCGAGUGCGAGAAUGGGGUUGUCAUUGAGGCGGAUGCGAUUGUGGUUACGCUGCCUUUGGGAGUAUUGAAGGCCGAAAAUGUUGAGUUUGAACCACCGCUGCCUGAUUGGAAGACGGGGGCAAUCAGGAGGAUGGGCUACGGAUUGCUCAAUAAAGUGGUAUUGGUCUUCGACGAGCCUUUCUGGGAUGCAGACAACGAUAUGGUCGGUGUCUUACGGGACCCUGUGGGAGACCCCCUACAACAACAGAGCUACGAAGCUAAUAGAGGUCGAUUCUAUAUGUUUUGGAACGCAAUGAAGCAGAGUGGCAAGCCGGUUUUGGUUUCUUUAAUGGCAGGCGAAGCAGCAGUACAAACGGAAUUUGAUACGGACGAGAAUAUCAUCGAAGAGGCCACUGCCGCCCUGCAAAAGAUGUACCCAGACAAAGUCGUCCCACCCCCAACCGAGACAAUCAUCACACGCUGGCGGAAGGAUCCAUUUUCCCGUGGAAGCUACUCGUACGUGGGACAGGAAGCGACGGCAGAGGACUAUGACCUGAUGGCGAAGCCGGUCGGAAACAAUCUCUACUUUGCCGGCGAAGCAACCUGCAAGUCGCACCCCGCUACUGUCCAUGGCGCAUACAUCAGUGGCCUCCGCGCAGCAGCAGAAGUCGUCACCUCGAUCCUUGGUCCGAUCCAGCCUCCUUGCCAUCCGCUCGUCCCCCCCAAGCCGAAGUUGGAGACGUCAUACUCCGGCGCCACCUCGCGAAAACGAAAAGCUGAGGAAUCCGCCAUAGAGAAGUCCCGCGAGCUCAAAACCCAGCGGCUAGAGUCCCAUGAGCAAGCCAUGAACGACGCCCUCAUCGCCACGCUCGGCGAGCGUCCCUCCAAGCCUGGCCGUUCCGGCGCUAACCCCUUCCUGCUCUACCAGAAGGACCACUGGUUCAUCUGCAAAGGCAAAUGCGACGAGGCUCGGCGGAAAGCUACUAAUAACCCGGAAGCGAAGGCAACUAGGAAUGAAGUUCGUGCAGCUCUGGGACAGAUGUGGCGGGAUGCCCCCGAGAAUGAGAAGCGCCCGUAUCUGGCCGAGACAGAGAAGAAUAAGGAGAGUAAUGCGGCUGGAAUCGUGGACUUCAAAAAGAAAAUUAAGGACUGGGAUGUUGCCGCCGCAAAGUUCAAGAAGGAGUGGAAGGAGAAGAAUGUCAGCGUCCCGAGUGAAGAGGAAAAGCAGGCGACGAGGCAGGCAGAGUUGGAGAAGCAGGAGAUUAAGCGCAGCCGGAAGAUGAACGGAUACGCUGAUUCGGAGGACGAAGAUUACUGA